CAUCACUCAAUUUGAGCCCCAUUCAAGGGUUUCGAGCUCCUUGAUCAACGAAGUCGCAAUGCCUCCGAAACGAAAGAGCUCCGGCGAGGGGCAUGACCAAGACAACACGCGCAGGAAGCGAUUUGCUUAUCUGAAGCCCCAAGUUCGUCGGGUCUCUGAACGAACGAUCAAAUCUAAAUGGUCCACGCUCCCAGAGCCAAUGCAAGACAAGAUUCGCGAUAUGUUUCGAGCCCUCGAGCGCCCAGUCAUAGUGCGUCAGCAGAAUGAGCGCAAGCGCAUUGAAGCGCAAGCCGCUGUUCAGGCCGUAGUGAAGAACCUCGGAAAGCGCCUACCUAGAAUGCCAUUUCCACCCGUAACGAAGGAUUCGGUUUUCGAAUAUGAGGCUGCACUUAAAGAACACUGUUCCUUGGAGGCGAGCCUGGCUACCGUCAUAGACAGCACUGAUCUCUUGAAAGCCGAGAUCGAAAAGGAAGAGGCAUUACUUGCGAAGGAAACGAAACAAUUGCAGGAAAUGGAGAAGAAUGCUAAGCGGGCGGAAGCAGAACGGAAGAGGCAACUGAAAAAUGAACAUCCCGUGCUUCGGCAGCUCAGCGUUCCUGGCCAACAGAGUCAGGAUGAUACUCAGUUCGUGCUCUCUAGUGAAAGUGAUUUGCAAACUACGUUUGAUGAGCUCGAAACCGACCCUGAGGUCGCGGGCUUGUUAAAGCAGCUGAAUGGGCAUCUCAAAUCCAUGCAGGGUAAUACAGCCCCUCUGACAGGCUUAAGUGAGGCGAUUACACGGUCUCAGACAGCUUUGAGCCUGACUUGCCGACCUGAAGAUUGA